AUGCCGGGACGGGUUCUACCGACCUUUACGACUGCAGAUGUCGAGGCGCAUAAUAACGCGAAAUCUUGUUUCAUCACCAUCGGUCGCAAGGUCUACGAUGUUACAGAUUUCGUACAGGACCACCCUGGAGGUGGUGACUUGAUUCUCGACUACGCAGGAAAGGAUGUUGCGGAGAUUAUGAAGGACGAAAUUUCCCACGAGCACACCGAGGCCGCCUAUGAAAUUCUGGAUGACUACCACGAGAACAUCGCGGUUAACUCUACGCCUAUCUACCAAACCACUGGAAUGUCGCGGGAGGAGGAUCUGUCAGUCGAAACGGACAUUUCACAAGAUUUCAAAACGCACAAGUUCCUGGAUCUCAACAAGCCUCUCUUUCCUCAGUUGUGGUACAGCACUUUCUCCAAAGAGUUUUACCUUGAACAGAUCCACCGACCUCGCCACUACAAGGGCGGCGAAUCCGCCCCACUGUUUGGUAACUUCUUGGAGCCUCUCAGCAAGACUGCAUGGUAUGUGGUACCUAUUAUCUGGCUACCAUGCGUCGCCUAUGGUACCAUGAUUGGAACAGCCGGUCUGGGUAAUCCUGUCGCUGCUGGUGCAUACUGGAUUACUGGUGUUUGUCUGUGGUCAUUGAUUGAAUAUCUUAUGCACCGCUUCCUCUUCCACGUUGAUAAUUGGCUUCCGGAUAAUUCAGUCGGUUUGACCGCGCAUUUCUUGCUCCACGGAAUUCAUCACUACCUUCCCAUGGACAAGUACCGCCUGGUCAUGCCACCAACGCUGUUUGUGGCCUUGGCCGCUCCUUUCUGGAAAUUGGCGCAUGCCGUUUUCUUCUAUAACUGGUACGCGGCCGUGCAGGUUUUCUGCGGCGGUAUCUUUGGCUACGUCUGCUAUGAUUUGACCCACUAUUUCCUCCAUCACCGCAAUCUUCCUAUGUACUACAAAGAACUCAAGAAGUACCACCUGCAACACCACUACGCAGAUUUUGAGAACGGUUUUGGUGUUACCAGCCGAUUCUGGGAUCGAGUUUUUGGUACUGAGUUGGAGACCCCGUCUCCAAAGGGCUCCAAGGCUCAGUAG